UUCUUUUUCCUCUUUCCCCUUUUUGCAUACACACCAACACACGCCCUACACACACACACACACACACACAGAAGAAAGCUUUUUAUUGUUGUUGUUCCCUUUGCCAACUCACUUUCUCUCUCUUUCCCUCUUUUCCUUUUUCCUCUCAACUCACUACGUUCUUUCUUUGUCCCAAGCAACAUACUUCUUCCUCCGCACACUUGACAUAACUCUACAUAACGCACGUACCCACCCCCGAAAUAUCUUUUUUUUCUUCCGCCUUUGGUGAUACCAUGGUUCAAACCCGUUAUCAGGCUCAGUUCAACAAAAGCAGUAAUAGCCGCAACGCACCCUCCUCUGCAGCAGCAACGAAAACGAAACGAACAGCCAAACGCUCCAGACGUAAUGAUAAAGAAAACGACCCCAAUCCUUCAACGAAUAUAACAACAACAACUGUUACUACUACUACUACUACUACUACUACAACCACCGAUAAUGCUGAAAAUGACCCGCCUCUUUUAAACAUUUGUCGAUCUCGAGAGACUUCUACCGACGUUUCUUACAGAAUUGAAAAUCUAGUUGAACAAUUGGAUGAUGGGGAAUGUUCGACGCUUGACGCACUCAUGGCACGAUGGCCUUCUAUGCAUGCUCGACUGAAAGGAAUGAAGCCUCAUCUCCCCAAAAAAACAGACAACCGACCGACAUUAGUGCUUGAUCUGGAUGAAACGCUUCUUCACACAUAUCGGGGACAACAGGAGGAAUUCACACAACCUGACUAUGUCUUCUUUGCUGAAGACGGGCGGAGCACUUUGACAGCCGGCAUCCUGCGACCUGGAGUGACGGAGUUCUUAAUAUGGGCAACAGGCAUCUUUGAAGUGGUUGUAUGGACGGCUGGAGACGAUGAGUAUGCUGGCAUGGUGCGCUCUGUACUGGAUCCUGAGGGAAAUUUGAUAACACAUAUCCUGACACGUCGUACGUGUAUCCGAAUGCGAUCCAGGGCAACCAACGAUAUCAUGUACAUCAAAGACUUGUGCGCCCUCGGACGUGAUCUAAGCCGAACCUUCUUGGUCGACAAUACCCCACAUGUUGCCACCUUAAAUCUGAGCAACCUCAUACCCAUUGAAGCAUACCAAGGCGAUAGCUCGGACAAAGAGUUGGAUCAACUUCGACGGUUCCUCGAAUCCAAGUUGGUAAGACUGACCGAUCGCCAGAAUGACAUGCGGAUCAUGCUACACCGCCAGUUCGAUUUAAAACGGAGGUUGAGAGAAAGGAUCGACACUUGGAAAAACGCUCAAGCGGAACGAAGACGUGCAGGUCUAUGAAAACAACGAAAUCCUCUCCCUCUCUCCCCUCUCACUAUAUCACAUUUUACACCACUCACAACACGCGUUGCCACACAGACACCCUCACCAUGCACAGACCCUCUCGCACGCGCACACAUCCACACAUCCACACUAUUCCAUUUGUUUAUAGCCCGCCCAGUAACAACAAAAUCAAAUAUACACAAUGACACAUUGUAUUACCCGACAUGGUAGCAUUUGCCAUUGACCCAAGGCCUUUUUUCCACGUUGGUGUUUAAGAAUCUAAUGGGCAAGAGAGAUUUGUGAGCAGAGGACUUUUGCAUAACAAUAACCUCUUUCUGAUAUAUGUAUAUUAUAUACAGAGACCCUAUAGUGCUACAACAAAUAAACAAUGCGACAUGAUGCUUGU